UGUCACUACCAAUAGGCGUGCUAGGCAGCUCCUCCCUCCUCCCGACUGGCUGUCAGGAGUUUGACUCCUUCGUGGUCUCGCAGGCUGCAGGGUUUGUUAGUCUCUCUCCACCUGCCUCCGUGCCCACCUCUGCCCCGCAGCGUGUCCUCCUGGGCAAGACUCGGAGCGCAGCACUCAUUGAAGCAUUUAGCUUCGGAAGAAGGGGCGCUUCGGAAGGAGAGGUGCUGACUUGAGCCUGCAGCAUCCCUUUCGACUCCAGCAGGUCAGCCCGGGUCGGAGGGCCCAGGCAGCCAAAUGGAGACGCCACCGGUCCUUCCAGUGGGAGAGAAGGAUGCUUCUCCACCGCAGCAACCGUGGGAACAGGACUCCCGGGGGAACCUUGCUUCGGCUACUCAGAUUAGGCUGCAGCCCCCAGAGCCUCCUACUCAAAGCCUUCAGCUGGGACUGAGUCCAGAUCCAGCCAGCCGGCGUCUGGAGCAUCCUCGCGGGACCCCAACACAGCUCGCCGGGCCUGAAGGAGGCUCUGAUACGUCUCGGGGAUCACCCAGCGAGGCGCCAGAGCCCCUGCGCGCUCCCGACCUCUGGCGCUGUCCCGAUGGGAGCUUUGUCAAGAAGAUCAUAACCCGCGGCCGCGGCCUGGACAAACCCAAGCUGGGCUCCCGCUGCCGGGUGCUGGCUUGCGGGUUUCCUUUAGGGUCAGGGCCUCCGGAGGGCUGGACGGAGCUCACUAUUGGCAUGGGGCCGUGGAGGGAGGAAGCUUGGGGGGAGCUUGUAGAGAAAUGCUUGGAGUCCAUGUGUCAAGGCGAGGAAGCAGAGCUUCGGCUCCCUGGGCACUCUGGGCCUCCUGCCGGACUCACGCUGGCCUCCUUCACUCCGGGCCGGGACUCCUGGCAGCUGCAGAUCAGCGAGAAGGAGGCCUUGGCGAGGGAAGAACGGGCAAGGGGCACAGAACUGUUUCGAGCCGGAAACCCUGAAGGGGCUGCCAGAUGCUACGGACGGGCCCUUCGGCUGCUGCUGACUCUCCCCCCUCCGGGUCCCCCAGAACGAACUGUUCUUCACGCCAAUCUGGCCGCGUGUCAGCUGCUGCUAGGGCAGCCCCAGCUGGCGGUCCAGAGCUGUAACAGGGUCCUGGAGCGGGAGCCUGGCCACUUAAAGGCUUUAUACCGAAGGGGGGUUGCCCAGGCUGCCCUCGGGAACCUGGAAAAAGCAUCUGCUGACCUCAAGAAGGUGCUGGCCGUAGAUCCUAAAAACCGGGCGGCCCACGAGGAGUUGGAGAAGGUGGCCAAUCGGGAGAAGAAACAGAAGGCAGGGCUGGCUCAGGGUCUGCGCAAGAUGUUUGGCUGAUUAAAAGUGAACAGAGACAGGA